AUGACUACCGCGAAUUCCUCGAUUAGCUGGCUCCAGGCGUUCUCACUCCUCCCUCCCCUCGCUCUGAAUACCAUGCUUCAACCCGUCGGUCGUGUCCUUGGAUCCUCUGCAUUCAAUAGCGUCUGGCUUCGAGCGUCGCCUAUUGUAUGUGCCCUCGAUACUCUGGCGCUCAUCCUUCGGCUCCUAGCAUACUGUACAUUCCUCCAUGCUACACUGCGCCAAGGGCUGCUUAUUAUCGGCAAGGACCGUUUUGACGAACUUGAGCCCGAUUAUAUUAGUCGAAAGGCACCGGUAACGACGACAUUACGCCUUCUUGGGUUAUUUCUCAGCUUAUUAGCGCCGACAUAUAUAGUCGGUAGGUGGGGGAAAAUCAGAUGGACAAUGGCUUGGGUAUGGAUGUAUUUUGCUUCAUACAUCGUCUUGGAGAUUGCAUUGCAAAUUGCGAGACGUGAACUUGCCAAACCGCAGUAUACUGCUAAGGAUUUCGAAUUGGAAUCUUUGGGAGAAGCGGAUGACGAUGAAACAUCGCUCGCGGGGAGCACUGAAGAAGUCCAAGAGGAUGAAUUGAACAAUCAGGUCAAUUCUAUGAAAAUGAAAGCCCAAGUCGAAUUGGAAGAAUCAGCGGGCGCGAAGUACACACCGGGCACCACGAGCAGUGAGGUGGGGAGCAUAAAUGAUGACAUUGAUGGCCACACGAUCCACCAGAUGGAUUUCCUGGAAUCACCAAGCACUGAGCACCUGCUAGGCAAAACGAGUGAUGAAGGCCAACGUAUACAAGGUGAUGGUGACUCUACCCCCGCCCCAGUGGAGACUGCCGAGUCUGAGAAUAGGACUGGCUCUUCUGACCCAGAGGCUGCAAAGGAGUAUAGUGGCAGCAGAUACAAGGAUCCAUUCACAUCUCCACGGUUGGCAUCAUUAAAACAUUUCUUCAAUUAUUGUGACGUGAUAUUAUUGAGAUGGGGCUGUCUACUCAAUGCAAUAUUCGUCUACUGGGCUUUUCUCGACCUCAUCCAGCCCCCUCUACAUACGUACAUUCUCUCCUCUACCGGCUGGGGUAUCGCAAUAUUCUUUCUCAAGCUUCCCUUCAUAUUUGCUGCCAUGUUCUUCAUAAUGGUCGCAUCUUACUCAAUCGCACAAGGCUUCCUUUCCGGUAUUGCUGCCCUAGCUAGGUUCGUGUGGCGAUUCCUACCUACCUUUAUCCAGGAACGACACGCAUCAACACCAGUGCUUAUGGUCUCUAUUGCUGUGGUCGGUGUUGGGUUCUACGGAGCGAUUUUUGGUGCGUUCUUCUUAAUAGCGCCUCUGAUGCUUGGAGAGUUUAUGCAGUGGCUUUAUAGUUUGCUAACUGUGGAGGCUGUGGUCCUCCUCAUCUUUUACUCUAUCUGUUUCGGUCUCUAUCUCUUGCUCAAGAUCGCUGCUGAGAUAACACCGGAUAUGAGAGGGAGAUUUCAGUAUUCUGGGUACUUGGGAGAAAAUGGAGUCGUCCUGGUGACUUGUGUUAUAAUCACCUUCACGGUGUCGAUCCUGUGGUAUCGAUUCCGGUUUCCUUCAUCUGCACAGUGGGUGCAAAAUUGGCGCGAGGCUCUCGUUUAUAACACGACUAUGACCAUAUGA